AUGGCCGCCAAGAACCCUUCCUAUUUCCAAACUACUACUCUUCAGCAAGAGAUCCAGCCAAAGGAGCUUCACUUCCACUUGUACAUGUUCCAGCACUGGCGCGACCGUCAACAGAACCAGCAAGUUAUAACUGACCUUAAGCACCCCAAUAAUUUUGGUCUCAGCGCUGUUAAUGACUGGGCCAUACGGGAUGGUCCUAACCCCCAAGCAAAAAUUGUUGCGCGUGCCCGAGGCCUGCAUUUCGGGACCGCUAUCGACGAAACUGUCUAUUUUCACUCUUUCGUCAUAAUUUUUACCGAUGAGAGGUUCAAGGGAUCCAGCCUUCAUGUGCUCGGAACUGCGAAGGCUGGCAGUCCAGAUGGUGAAUGGGCGAUCACCAGUGGGACCGGAGAGUUUGCCUUCGCACAAGGUGUUGUUGAUCACAAAAUAUUCGGGAGAGACCACGCUUCUAAUUUCAGGGAGCUUCAUAUCCGUGUUUUGUGCCUCGCCUUUCCAAAACCAGUCCUUGUCACCAAGAUUGGACCAUGGGGUGGGCAUGGAGGAAAAGAAUUUGAUAUCCCAGAGUUGGUACCUCAACAUCUAGAAAGUGUGACAAUUAGAAGUGGUGUUGUCAUUGACUCCAUUGCGUUCUCCUACGUUAAUCAAGCUGGAAAGAAGCAAACUCUUGGUCCAUGGGGUGGUGAUGGUGAACUUAGUGACACGAUCACUUUUGCCCCUUUAGAGAUUGUGAAGGAAGUUUCGGGAACAACCGGUACUUUUGGUGGAGAUACUGUUGUGACAUCGCUUACUCUCGUCACAAAUGUGAGGACAUAUGGACCUUUUGGAAAACCAAGCGGUAAUGAUUUCAGUGUCCCUCUUACGGACACUAGCGUUGUGGCUUCUUCGUCCGUGCUGGAAGACUUAUUAACGCGAUCGGGGUUUAUGCGCGUCCUUCUGUUCAAAAUUAUUAGUAUGUACGUUGUUCAAGAAUAA